AAAUAAAGAAAAAUGGAUGUGUUCACCUUUGAGAAGUCGUAUUUAGACCGCAUUAAGGAAGCGGAGGAGGUGCUCUCCUGGGAGGGAGCCAUAAUGCCCGCCUGCAAGGUGCGAUCCGAGUGGCGAUCCUACGUAGAACUGAAGAUUGAGCCUGCAGGAUGGCAGGCGAUUUGGAAAAUACCGCGCGUUAUUUGCGAGGAUCUGAAAAUUCGCUAUCCCACCAUCGUUUACGGCUACGUGGAGCAGGUGAUCUUUGAGGAGCUGAAGGCGGUCUUUGUGGUCACCGCCGUGCAGGACAACGAUGUCCAUUUGCCGGAGAGCAACGAGGUCAACCUGGUGGAGCUGUGGCCCACGGUGCAGCAGGAGAACUCCGCCUUGAAUGUGGACUACACGGCGGAAUGCAUCGAUCGGCUGAGGUUCUUCUUCACCCACGUCUGGAUGCCCUGGGACAAGGACUACGACGAUGAUCGCGACUGGAUGCAGCAGCAUUUGGAGGCUCGCAUCCAGUUGAUCUGCGAUCUCAGCAAGAAUCGCCUGCCCCGCCCACUGGCCCUGCACAUGCGCACCCUGCUCACGGAGGCCAGGUACAUUCAGCAGCGCCUGGACUUCCUCGAACUCGAUCUCAGCGAUGCCGAGAGUGAUGAUGAGGCAGUGGAACUGGAUGAAAAUGCAGCGGAGCCGGCUAGGAAGCAGCCCAAAACAGGCAGUGCCAAUGGCAGCUUAAAUGUCUCCAGUCGCCCGGUUACGGAUCUGAUGUGCCUGCACCUGCGCAUGGCCAUCAUACGGAGCGAGUUCGAGAUUCUCGAGAAUCCCGAAAUGAGGCGGGCCUACAGUGAACUGCAGGCGAGCAGCUUGAAGAGGAUUCGCAGCUCGUCGGGGAGAACCAGGCAGAUGGAGGAGCUCCUGGCGGAGCGCACGCCCAUUAGCCAUGUGGUCAGCGUGCCGGGGAAACUGCAGGAGCAGUUGGAACUUCUAAAAUUAGCCCAAGCGCAGGUGAAUCCGGAAGCGCAGGUGCAGUUAUCCAAUACCCUGCAGGAUGUGCUAAGCAUCUGCCAGAGCAACGAUCAUAUACUGCUCUCUCCCGGUGAGCACACCAUCAAGUUUUUGGAGCACCUCAACGACAGCGGCAGCAUGAGUGGCCUCAUCCAGCCGGAAAAUAUAUUAUCUCCUGAUGCAGAUCUUGCCCAGCUGCCAGUGGUGUGCUCCAGUGAUGAGGAUAGCACUCUGCUGGUCAUCGAUGGCGACUACAGCCUGUCUCAGCUCGUUCUAGAUUGCCGUCACGUCCGGCGGGGCAUUCUGCUGCGCAACGGCACCUUGACGAUGCGAGGAUGUCGCCUGUUGGGCGAUGGCAGCUCCAGCACCCAGGAGGGAAUCGUCUGCCUGCCCGGCGCCAGUUUAGAACUCAAAAGUUGCAUUAUCGAGAACUUUGCCGUGGGCAUUUCAAUGCGAUCGCAAUCUAGCGCUGAACUAGGAAGUGUGCAGCUCAAAAACUGCAAGACGGGACUGGAGUUGCUGGACAAAACGGCCUCGGUUAAUCUGCAGGGUAGUAAGUGUAGAUUCGACAGCUGUAGUUUAGGAGUCCUGGCAGAUGGCUUUGCCUUGGGGGAUAUAAGAACAGAAAAGACCGUGAUCUUAAACAAAUUCAGCGAACUGCAGCGUUACAACGAGGACAACUUGCUUGGCAAUUGCACAUUCAACGAAUGCACGAAAAAUAUCCGCAUUUUUAAUGAAUCCGAACAGCUGCUGGCUCAGCGCGCCCAUCAGCGACUCCUGCAGGAGGAACUCGGGGGCGAGAACAAGGAGAACAUUCAAAUGGCCUAGGGAUAUUAUACGCGCUUAAACAGUUACAUCAGUUAACCCUUUAAUAAGCAACUACUUGAUUAAUAAAUUUAAAUUAGCGAUAACCGAUCAACUUUAUUGAUUAUAAUCAAUAAAAUAUAAGGAAAAGUGCCUUG